AUGGAAGUGGAAGGUGAUUCGGGUGACUUUGCCAUCCUGCGAAAGGACUUGGGUCGAUGUAAAGCUCUUCUAGGCCUCGUUUCGGCCGACUCUGAACCGGGAAUUUUGCGUUGCGGGUUAUCAGUCCUUCUUCUUCGCUCCAUCGCACCAAAUCACUUUUUGUUCGAUAGCGUGAAUGCUUUUCCACGUUUGGCAUUUCCAUGUCUGAGUUCCACAGAUCUCCGUCGUUUACUUCAAAAUCACACCGCACUCAUUAACGAGGCCUCCACUGCAGUGAAAAAAGCAUGGUUCAAAAAGCUUUUGCAAGCGGAGGCUGAGAAACGUGAAGCACUGCGAAAAACUCAUGAAUCCGAUGUCAUGGAGAAAAUUGAGCCUAACACUCAUUUCUCUCCUGUUCCCUUUCCAUCUCGAGAGGUGGCAGUGCAGGAGGCGCUGAUGAGCACACGCCCAAUAGUGGGUGGGAAGCCGGAGGCCCAUUCGCGUUCGAAACGAGGGGUGGAGCGAAAUUGUGAGACCACUACAUUGAAGGAGGUAGAGCCCACAAAGCUAGCUACGAAACUCAACUCCACUGACUCCGUUUUCCUGGAACAGUUGGCGGAAGCGAAAAAGUAG